AUGGCGAGCCGCCUCAAGGAAUACCGCUACUACCUCAGCAGCGGCGUGAGCAUGGGCAUUUCCGUCAAGAUCUCACUUUUAGAGCUAGCUCCUGCACUUGGAUGCUCUGUCAGUGGAGAUGCGCCUAAACGUGCAGUGUCCGAGGCACCAAUUGCUGGACUUGAGCAGCUCGCAGGCUCGUCGUCCGAGGUGCGCAAUUCGCCCAUAAGCGAGAUUUUUUUGACUGCUCAGGUAUUUUCCGAUGGUCUCCCACUGCACUCCAUGGUUAUCAGCUCCAAGGGUCCGACCAAGUGCAGCAACUCCACCAUCUACUGGAAUGAGUGGAUCUCCUUUCCUGUGCGCUACCGUGAUCUUUCACGUAAUUCUCUCCUGGCUAUCACCAUUUGGGGCGUGGGCUGGGUCCCUAUUGGUGGUUCCACCAUCUCUUUCUUCACCAGGCAGGGCGUGUUGCGCGACGGUGUGCAAUGUCUUCGCAUCUGGGAAGGUUGCGAAGCAGACUCAUCUCCAAACACCACAACUCCAUCUGAGAUUGAUGAAGAGUGGGUGAGACAAGAGUGUUUCCGACUAGACAAGCUCCGCGAGAAGUACGAACGUAAGGAGAUCGCGCGCAACGAGUGGAUGGACAGCGUAACUGAUCGACGCAUCGCUCGCAUUCGACGAGGCAGUGAACCACCGACGAGAAAGGAUGCGCUUGGGCCCUUUUGCUCGUACCGUAAAGACGCCCUUUUGUGGCUCGAAAUGCCGUAUUUUGGAGAUGUCGUCGUGUAUGAGGAGGAGCCCUACUCGCAACGCAACUUGACGUCUUCAUAUACUGCCGACAUGGGACCCAGACGGAUGAAUUAUGAAAAUGGAAACACGUCGUCGGCUACUGUGUCGUGCGACUCCCACACACUCAGUGGAUCGUACGACCUGGCCACAACUGUGACGCCUGCUGGAUCGAGAGACCUACCAAGUCUUGUGACCGUGUGGGAUCCUGACCUUAACGAAGAUAACCCGGCCGAACGCAAGUACCGUCGGCUUGCUCGCGACAUCCUGCGCGGAUCGAUUGAUCCCAACCUCAAGCCCAGCCGUGACGAAAAGGCACGCAUUGAGCUUUUGCUAGCAACGCCAACAGAUAACUUGAAGAAUGAAGACAAGGAUUUGCUGUGGAAAUUCCGCUACACUCUGACAGACAACAAAAAAGCGGUAGUGAAAUUUCUGCUGUCGGUUGAUUGGAAAGACGAACUAGAGGUGAAGCAAGCGACGGAUCUGCUAUCUCAAUGGUGUGAAAUCGAUAUCGCCGACGCUCUGAAGCUGUUAGGCCGUGAAAAGGAGUUCAAGCAUGAAAUCGUGCGUCAUUUCGCGGUUUCUACUCUGGCGACGGCCAAGAACGAAGACCUGCUUGACUUCCUGCUGCAGCUUGUCCAAGCAUUGCGGUAUGAAAAACCUGGCUCGGCCAUCACAUCUUCUCGCGGAGCAAUGAGCGGAGAUGAAACCGGCAGCACAGACGGUUCGAUGGCAAGUGAAAGCCUUGGUCCAUUGGCUCGAUUCCUUAUCGCGCGGUCAAGCACAAAUUUUCAAAUGGCCAACUACUUCUACUGGUACCUAAAAGUUGAAGCCGGAGAGCAAACAAAGGACUCGGAGAUCUUUCACACUGUUUUAAACCAGAUGCUGACAGAAAUGAAGCGGGACGAGGAGAAGAAACCGAUUUACGACAUGCUCAUGGCUCAGCGUGACUUUAUGAGUCACAUAUUGGCGAUCCACAACAAGGCUCGCGAAGAGAAGGGCAGGAAAGACCAGAAGGAGGAAAAGCUGCGGCACUACCUGAAGCAGUUUCCGUGGUCGAAAGGAACUAUUAUCUCUUUGCCCCUUGACCCAGUAGUUCAUUUAAGUGGAGUUGUUGCUUCCUCGGCAAAGAUGUUCAAAAGUGCAAUGUACCCGGCCGUAAUUCAGUUUCAGACAGUGAUUCCUCCAAUUGAUCAACAGCAUCACACGAUUAUUGUAGAAGGUGAAGGUCAUCAUCCACCAAAUUCGGGUCAGUCGAUGUUUGGCGGCAGCGAUGCCAGCAUUAUACGUGAAUCCUUGCCGACCCGUAUGAUCAGUCUCCUACACCGCGAAAAGGAAGGACCGAUGUACAAGUUCAUGGUGAAGAACGGAGACGAUCUUCGUCAAGAUCAACUGAUUAUGCAAAUGUUCAUUCUGAUGGACCGAUUAUUGAAAAAGGUGAACCUAGAUUUGAAGUUGACUCCGUAUCGCAUUUUAGCAACAGGCGCCAACGAUGGGUUGAUGGAAUUUGUCCAAGAUUCGUAUCCGGUCUCGUAUGUGGUCUCCCACUUCGAAUCGCCACAGAUUGUGAGCUUUUUACGGAAGCACAAUCCGGACCCGAGUGCAGAGUUCGGAAUUGCACCCGAAGUUCUAAGCACAUAUGUGAAAUCAGUGGCCGGCUAUUGUGUAUUGACGUAUUUGCUGGGGAUCGGUGACCGUCACUUGGAUAACCUGAUGAUGAAGUCAGAAGGUCACAUGUUCCACAUUGAUUUCGGCUUUGUCUUUGGAGCUGAUCCCAAGCCCUACCCACCUCCGUUCAAGCUGACAAAAGAAAUGGUGGAAGGCAUGGGCGGCCCUACGAGCGAGCACUACCAGAAGUUUACGACCUACUGCUGCCAAGCUUAUAACUGGCUGCGCAAGAGUGCUGAUUUAAUUUUGAACUUGCUUAGCUUGAUGGCCGACUCUGGCAUUGAAGAGUUAUCAGCGAAUCCUGCUACAACUCUAUUGAAGGUUGAGGAAAAGUUUCGUUUGGAUUUGACGGACGAGCAGGCAGAGCAGUUUUUCCUGGGCCUCAUCAAUGACAGUGUGUCUGCUCUGUUCCCGCUGCUUGUGGACUGGAUCCACAAGGUUGCAACGAAGCUGAAGUAG